UCUGACACGACUGACAUUCGAUGUUAUUUACGCGUAAAAACUUCAACGUGGUUUGAAGUUGUGCAAAAAAACCUGCACCUGAGAAUAUUUUGCUUUUCCCUGUGAAAACUCCUCCAUACACGCAGCCUCUUCACGUAGCUCUUGGUGCGGACGAAAGGAUUCCAUCAUGAGUGCUCUUUUCCGCCUCCCUUCGCUAAUUGGUCAGAAUGCCGCGAGAAAGGCAAGACUACUCUGUGGCAGCUCCAGGGAACUUCAUGGGAGCAUAAACAAGAAUGCCGAAGCAAAGGUUAAUUCCACGGCAAUCAGCAAGGAAUAUCCAGUGAUUGAUCACACGUACGAUGCAGUAGUUGUGGGGGCAGGUGGAGCAGGUCUCCGGGCGGCAUUUGGUCUCGUUGCGGAGGGCUUCAAGACGGCCGUUGUGACGAAACUCUUCCCAACACGGAGUCACACAAUCGCCGCUCAGGGUGGGAUUAAUGCAGCCCUCGGGAACAUGGAGGAGGACAACUGGAAGUGGCACAUGUACGACACAGUGAAGGGGUCAGAUUGGCUCGGAGAUCAGGACGCGAUUCACUACAUGACGCGCGAAGCCCCCAAAGCGGUAAUUGAGCUGGAGAACUACGGCAUGCCCUUCUCCCGGACGCCCGAAGGGAAGAUCUACCAGCGAGCCUUCGGUGGGCAGAGUCUCAAAUUCGGCAAAGGUGGUCAAGCGCACAGAUGCUGUGCCGUAGCCGACAGAACGGGUCACUCCCUCCUGCACACCCUCUACGGGCAGUCGCUCAGCUACAAUUGCAACUACUUCGUGGAAUACUUCGCCCUGGACUUGCUCAUGGAGGAUGGUGAGUGUGUGGGUGUGAUUGCGCUCUCCCUGGAAGAUGGCACAAUUCACCGCUUCCGCGCAAAGAACACCGUCCUGGCCACAGGUGGCUACGGACGUGCCUACUUCUCCUGCACUUCCGCACACACGUGCACAGGCGAUGGGACAGCCAUGGUGGCUCGAAUGGGGCUCCCAUCGCAAGAUCUCGAAUUCGUGCAGUUCCACCCAACAGGGAUUUACGGCGCAGGGUGCCUCAUCACUGAAGGCUGCCGCGGGGAGGGUGGGUACCUCGUGAAUUCCGAAGGGGAGCGCUUCAUGGAACGCUAUGCCCCCGUGGCGAAGGAUCUGGCCAGUCGGGAUGUAGUUUCGCGCUCAAUGACAAUUGAAAUUCGCGAGGGGCGUGGGGUGGGUCCUGAGAAGGAUCACGUCUACCUGCAGUUGCAUCAUCUGCCGCCAGAGCAGCUGGCCGCACGCCUGCCGGGCAUUUCGGAGACUGCAAUGAUCUUUGCGGGUGUCGACGUGACCCGAGAGCCCAUUCCGGUCAUCCCAACGGUGCACUACAACAUGGGUGGAGUACCAACCAACUACAAGGGCCAAGUUCUCACCUCCGAUGGCAAUGGCAACGAUAAGAUCGUUCCUGGAUUGUACGCUGCCGGGGAAUCUGGCUGUUCAUCCGUACACGGUGCUAAUAGAUUGGGAGCUAAUUCCCUGCUGGAUUUGGUUGUGUUUGGUAGGGCGUGUGCCAAGACGAUAGCAGCUGAGAAUAAGCCAGGUGAUCGUGUUCCAGAUCUCAAGGCUACUUCCGGAGAGGCUUCCGUGGCGAAUUUGGACAAUUUGCGGAAUGCCAAUGGGGCCAUCCCGACGGCAACGUUGCGCUUGAACAUGCAGAAGACAAUGCACACGCAUGCUGCUGUCUUCCGGGAGUCACAAACCCUCCAGGAGGGUGUCCGGAAGAUGGCUGAUGUGUACAAAUCCUUCAAGGAUGUGAAGGUGUUUGAUAGAUCGCUAAUUUGGAAUUCGGACCUCGUGGAGACGCUUGAGCUGCAGAAUUUGCUUCUUAAUGCCCAAAUGACGAUUGUUGCGGCGGAAAAUAGGAAAGAAUCUCGUGGGGCGCACGCCAGGGAGGACUUUAAGACGCGUAUUGAUGAAUACGACUACAGCAAACCCCUCGAGGGACAACAGAAGAAGCCCAUGGAGGAACAUUGGCGCAAACAUACGCUCACGUGGUGCGAUCCGGAGACCGGGAAGGUGACAAUCAAGUAUCGGGCCGUGAUUGAUAAUACGCUGAGUUCGGAAUGUGACACCGUGCCUCCUGCAAUUCGUUCAUAUUAAAUUUAAUAACUAAAUAACUACAAAAAAGGGAAGAAAAGAGGUUCGUUUGAGUUUUUCUUCAACAUAAUUUUCAUUUAAAAAUUGAAGAGAAAAAAGAAUUUUUCUUUAGUAUUUCCGCAAAAGGAGUGUAAAUUUUAUCCACCCCCAAAACUUACUUAAGUACACAUAAGGUAUUUAAUUAAUUUAUAUUACUUAUAAAGAGAAAUUAAAUGCUAAAGCGUACUUAAAAAUUUGCCAAUUGUGUUGAAAAUUUAUUUGAAUUUAUUGGAAAAAUGCAAUUUUUAUGAUUUUUUCUCUGGAAAAAAUAAAGUCAAAGAGAAUUUAA